CAUCCCCAUACUUCAUCCAACCUACCCCCAACAACACCACACUACUUCCCCCGUAAACGAAGAAAAAGAAGAACAUGGAACUCCCAUCUGAAGUCUCCAAGAGCAACCACGACUCCACCCCCGCCAUCCGCCCCAACCGCCCCAGCCCCACCGAGCAAAUCGACGACUUCCUCGCGCGCCUCCCCCCAUCCACAACAAAAGCCACCACCGCCGGACCCUGGAUCUACAUCAGCGGCCCACUGCCAACCCCAAAGCCCGACAUCGCGACCCUCGUGCGAGAGGGCACGCAUCUCCUGCGCGCCUACGAAGACGAAGCAGCCAUCCUCCGCGCAAAUGACAACACCUCCGAACUAACUUCCCUCCGCGAGACCCUCGAACGGCAGAUCUUUGCGCUCGCGCGCGAGACGGGCGUUAUCUCCGGGAAGUGGAUGCUCUUUGCGCCGCCGGCUGUGGUGGAUAGGUGGUGGGCGCUGGUGGCGCGGGCGACGGCGGAGGGGGAACUGGGGUUUGGGGCCAAGGUCGCGACGGAUGAUGGGGGGACUUGGGGUGGUGGUGGUGGUGGUGGGAGGAGUGGGAGUGGGAAGACGAGGCUGAUUGCGGUGUAUACGAGGGAUUAUGCGGACCGGGAGGAUGUGGGGAGGGUGUUGGGGAGGUUGGUGGCGCUGGGGAUGGUGUUUGUUGAUGGGAGGCCGGUUUAUUAUAAGUGUGAUGCUUUUACUUAUUUGGGGAUUAUGGGGAGGAAUUCGUAUGGGUUGAGGGCGAGUUUGUUUUCUAGUGGGGAUGUUUUGGGGGGUAAUUAGGGUUACAGUUUCAUG